GGACCGCCCGCGGCGCGGUCGGGUCAGACGCCGGCUCCGCAGUCUGGCCCGCGCGCUGGGGCGGGGAGGGUCGGUCGGUCAGUGGGCCGGUGCUACUACUGCAACAUUCCUCAUCAGGGCGGCUGGUACCGGUGCCGUAAGCGUCUCUCUGAGGACCCGCACUGGUCACCGCGUCGGGAGAGUGCAGCUGCGCCCGCCGUGUUCAACGAGCAGCCAGUAUGAAGCUGGAUCUGCGUGCACGCCGGCUGCUGCUGGAGGAGAAGGGCGUGGAGCUCGAGCUGCUCAGCGCUUCCCAACCGCAGGACACGACUUCUGCUCAGCGAGUCGACCUGAAGCUUCGACGUGACGUCACCGUGCCGCCGGCCACCGAGGCACUCGUCCCGGUGAAGCGUGGCGGUCUACGGCCAGGUGGGGAGUACCUGCUGGAGUCAGUAGGAGGUGAGGACUCACCGGUUUGCGCCGCCUCGUGUGUGAUAAGGCCUACCACUGAUGACACGCUGUGGGUGAGGGUGGCCAAUGUCAGUUUAACUGAGGAAGUGUUGAGGAGAAAUGAGGUGGUGGCCACUGCUAGCACGGACUUCACGUUGGAAGGAGUGUUGAAUCAUGAUCCUAACGGAAAGGGGGCUGGACAGAGAGCGAACAUUGGUGCAGACUUAUCAGACGCACAACGUGAGGACAUGAAUCGUCUGAUCUCUGAGUUCAGUGACGUUUUCUACGCAGGUGGCGAGCUACCGGUCGUCCAUGUUGGUGUUGAACACAGAAUCAACGUCACUCCUGGCACUCGUCCGGUGGCGUCUCGGCCCAGGCGUCUAUCACCCCGUCUGGAGGGUGAAGUGCGGAAGGAGCUGCAGCAGCUGGAAGCCAUGGGCGUCAUCCGGCAGUCCCACAGCCCGUGGGCCGCGCCGGUGGUAUGUGCACGCCGGAAGGACGGUCGACUUCGCUUGGCCAUUGACUACCGCCGAGUGAACGCAGUCUCGGCUGCAUCAACGCUGCACCCGAUACCGCUGAUGGAGGACCUGCUGGACAGACUCGAGUCGGCGCAACGGCUGGUUUGGUGGCAUCGGUCCAGUCGGAGACUCAAGAGCUGGGACCGGACCUGGUGUCGACUGGCUUCAGCUCUGACCGGAUACGAGCGGAACAACAGAUGGACCCGGAGAUAUCCCCAGUUCGCGUCGCUCUGCUCAGCGACGAGAAGCUGCCAAGUCCAGGACGUCUUCAGCCGCUACUUGAUGCUGAUGCCGGCCGAGGAUAACACGGCCGAGACGGCGGCCAGGCUCGUCUACGAUCGGUGGAUCUGCACGUUCGACGUCCCUCUGGUGAUCACGUCGGACAGAGGACCACACUUCGCAGCAGAAACGUUCCGUGCCAUGUGUCGUCGGACCGGAGUGCGCCACCGCAUGGGUGCACCACAGCACGCACAGAGUCAAGGGCAGGUGGAGCGCCAGAAUCAGUUGAUCGCUAACUUGCGCUGUGUGUGUUGCAAUGAUGUGCGGGUCUGGCCCAAGAAAAUAUUUCAGUUGCAGUUCAGUCACAACACGUCCGUCAACUCCGCCACCGGGUUCUCUCCGUUCGAGUUGCUGUUCGCCAGGCCGGCUCGUCGCCCCGAGUCUGCCGUCAGCGAGGGUGUCCCUGACGGUGAACCGGGACACCUACCGGCGGCCGGCGGCUACAGCGGUGAGGUGGCUGAGCGGCGGCGGCUGCUAGACGAGCUGCACCGUGAGACGCAAGUAAGUGUACGCAAUGUACAAAACGCUCGUGUGCAGCAGAGUGUCGCAAGGGCGAGGGGACAACCAUUCGAGGUCGGCGAUGCAGUUCGAUUACGUUUGACCCACGCGGAACGGAGUCGAAAGGGCGGGAAAAUGUCACCGGUCCUUUCACAGUUGUAUAAGGUGGUCGAGGUACUGAGAGGCGGGUGGACGUACCGUGUGUCGCGACUCUUUGGUACGGGCAAAGGAACCGAUAUUAAAAUCCGCCAUUACAACGAUCUGGUACGCCCCGCAGCCCAGCCCGACGAGGUCCCUCGGCUGGAGUCCGACGCGUCGUCCGGGCACUCCGAACCUGCUCCAGACGGCACGGAGAGCGACGUAGACGACGGCGACGUGGACGACGGCGACGGCUGCCUCCGCGACGCCACAUCCGAAGACCCGGAGAGCGCUUACCGCCGGGAUCCGGAUGGGAGCGACUCCCGUCCCCGUCGUCAGUGCGGUCCGCCGGCGCGCCUGGUGAUCGAUCCCAGUCGGAAACGUUACGAGGAAACUUAACGUGGGGAGUGUGACAGAUGUCGCCAUCUGUUGGCGAACUUGUGAAGUUGUGCCUUCUUACCAUUACCGUUGUCAGACGUUGUUGUCGGUUAAUACAGUCAGUUACUGCUGGAACGU